CUCUGAUCUACAAUGGUCGUCAAAACUCAAAAACAGAAGACAAUUUUCAUUUGACUUCUUCCUUGGCAAGAUAUUUUUAUUUUUCAUCCUUGAAAGUUCUUUAUGGAUGGAUACAGAGGAGAAUCAAAGGGUAGAUAGAUUAUUAACUAGAUAAAUUAUAAUCUUCGGAUCCUUAAUCUUUGUCAAUGGCAGAGAGAUUUCCGUUGCUUUUCCUCCUUGCUUCACAUUUACUGGUCUCAGUGAUGUCGAGGAGCUUCACAAUAGAGAACAAGUGUGAAUACACUAUAUGGCCUGCAAGCUACAGUUACGUGGGAUCCUUGGACACAACCGGUUUCCGCCUGGAGACGAAUGAGACGCGUACCGUCAAUGCGACGUCGUCAUGGAUAGGUAAUUUAUGGGGUAGAACGGACUGUGACACCAACUCAACAGGAUAUUUUUCAUGUGUCACCGGAGACUGCGGCUCCGGCGAAAUCGAGUGCUCGGACCCCCUCGUGCAGGUGCAGCUCGUGCCUCCCGCAACUCUGGCGGAGUUUAACCUCGCUUAUGACGGUGGUGAUGACUAUUACGACGUCAACGUCAUCAAUGGUUACAACCUUCCUAUGCUUGUGACCCCCGAGAACCGAAAGUGCAAAAGCAUUAGAUGCGUUGUUGACAUAAACAACACGUGCCCAUCGGAGCUGAGGAUGAACAGUAGCGACAUCAGAUCGAACGAUCCAUUCGCCUGCAUGACCUCAUGUCAGAAAAACCAGUUGCCGGAACUUUGCUGUGUCGGACUCUACGUCAAAGACGAAGACGUCGUUGGACCGGAAAAAUGCAAGCGCACCAUUUACUCGCAGACUUUCAACCGCGCGUGCCCAGGCGCUUAUAGCUACGCCUACGAUACUAAUCUCAGCACCUUCACAUGUCCAUACUCUAACAACUUUGUCAUCACGUUUUGCCCACCAAAACCAGGAAAAUCUACAUUGAAGUUAAAACUCAUACUUGGAGCUUCAUCAGUUUUUGCAAUGAUUAUCAUUAUUGCGAUCAUUGUGGUAAAGGUGAGAGAAAAUAAUAUGAGAAAGAGCGAUCGGAAUAGGAAAGACAUGGAAACAGUGGGAGAGAUCAUGAGUGUUUUCGCAGAUCAAAUAACAGAAGAGGAAGACGAGGAGCUAGUGAAGAAAAUGGCAAUUGUGGGACUGUGGUGUAUUCAGACCAAUCCAUUUGACCGUCCCCCAAUGAGCAAAGUCGUUGAAAUGUUAGAAGGAAGUCAAGAGGCUCUGCAGAUUCCCCCUAAGCCUAUUUUAUCUUUACCAGCAAGAACAGUUCAAGAGACUUCAAGCUUCUCGAUACCAAGUCAGGAUACUUUUCACUAUUCCGAAGAAGUUCAAGAUAUUGCACAAGAAAAUCAAGAUAGCAUAAGCUCUUCCUAA